CACUGAGCCGGGGCGGCCACGGGGAGGGACAGUCGCGGGGAGGGGUGCGGCAGCGGCUGGGGGGCUGCGGGCGCCAGGUCCCGCUAGUGUUGCACACGAAGCUGAACAGAGAACAGCCUAGCAAAGCAGGGCUCUGCGUGAGCCACCCUUUGUCUGGGUUGGGGGCCCGUGGCGGGGAGGACCCGGGAUUCGAGGGGAGGGACCGGGACGGGACGGAAGGGCCCGGAGCAGCGGCCGCCGCGGCGGAGCCAAUUUAAGAGCGGGGGUCCAGCUGAACCCAAGAGCUGCACGGAAUGGUGGCAGUCACCUUGCCAGUGCAGCGGGAAUGGACCAGACUGCAAGCUAGGAGAGCAAGGCAUCAGUCAGGAAGAGGGAACACACGGCUAGGCUUGAGGCCUCUUCAUCGGGAUGUCCCCAGGCCCCCCAGCCCAGGCCCAGCAUAAAGGCUGUGUGGGGGGGCCCCCCUGACCCAAGGGGGGCUUCAUGCGCCACGUGCAGGCGGAGCCGUCUUCAUCCUCAGAACCAGAGGCUGGCCCUUCGCAGCCUGCAGUCAGGCAGGGGGCCCUCCAGGGUGGCCUGCUCAUGGGCUACAGCCCAGCAGGGGGGGCGACAUCCCCCGGGGUCUACCAGGUAUCCAUCUUUUCCCCUCCAGCUGGUGCCUCUGAGCCUCACAGGGCCCUGAAACGGCCGGCCCCACCCACUGAGGUUACCAGGGAGCUGAAGAGAGGCCCUGGGCUGGGGGCCAGAGAGGGACUACCCCCUGAAGAACCAUCUACUGUGGGGCUACUAGGCCCAGAGGGACUGGGGCUGGGACUGGGUCUGGCCAGCCAGCAUUUCUGUCACCAUGGCCUCUGUGUUGUGGAACAGGGAGGUAGCUCCACCUCACCUUGGACUUCAGGGGCCCAGAGUCCCCCUUGUCCCCCAUCAAAUGCUUCCUGCAAUAGUUUGCACACCAGAGACUGGGCUUCCCCAGAUCCAGGGGCACAGGGGUCCCUGGGGGAGUCCCCAGGGCCAGCCCCUCUGGGCCAGCUGCACACAUUUGACACUGAUUUGCACAGUCUUGCACAAAUAGGGGGUAAGAGCCCAGUGGCUGGGGUGGGCAAUGGGGGUAGCCCUUGGCCUAGGGAGUCCCCUAGCACUGCCAAUGGGCACAGUCCCGAGCACACACCCCCUGGCCCUGGACCUCCAGGCCCCUGCCCCACCAAGCGAAGGUUGCUUCCUGCUGGAGAAGCCCUGGAUGUCAGCUCUGAGGAUGAGGGGCCAGCCCCUCGGAGGCGCCGGGGAACCCUGGGCCACCCUCCUGCUGCCAACAGUUCUGAUGCCAAAGCCACACCCUUCUGGAGCCAUCUGCUGCCUGGGCCCAAGGAGCCUGUGCUGGACCCAACAGACUGCAGUCCCAUGGGGCGGAGGCUGAAAGGUGCCCGUCGCCUGAAGCUGAGCUCCCUUCGAAGCCUCCGGAAGGGGCCAGGCCUGCUGAGCCCCCCCAGUGCCUCCCCUGUUCCUACCCCUGCUGUCAGCCGUACCCUGCUUGGCAACUUUGAGGAAUCAUUGCUGCGAGGACGCUUUGCACCAUCUGGCCACAUUGAGGGCUUCACGGCAGAGAUUGGAGCUAGUGGAUCCUACUGCCCCCAGCAUGUCACCCUGCCUGUCACUGUCACCUUCUUUGAUGUUUCUGAGCAAAAUGCCCCGGCUCCCUUCCUGGGUGUCGUGGACCUGAAUCCCCUGGGGAGGAAGGGUUACAGCGUGCCCAAGAUGGGCACCAUCCAAGUGACCUUAUUUAACCCCAACCAGACUGUGGUGAAGAUGUUCCUUGUGACCUUUGACUUCUCGGACAUGCCUGCUGCCCACAUGACCUUCCUGCGCCAUCGCCUCUUUUUGGUGCCUGUGGGUGAGGAGGGAAAUGCUAGCCCCACCUGCCGCCUCCUCUGCUACUUGCUGCACCUCAGGUUCCGGAGCUCCCGCUCAGGCCGCUUAAGCCUGCAUGGAGACAUCCGCCUGCUUUUUUCCCGCCGGAGCCUGGAACUGGACACAGGGCUCCCCUACGAACUGCAGGCAGUGACUGAGUCCCCUCACAAUCCACGUUAUUCACCUUUGCCCUGAUUGCCAGUGCCCUGAACCCAUGUGGGCCAAGUACCUACCCAUCCUGCUCCAUCCUGGACAGAGCAAAUACGUGGAAAGGUGGCAAAAGACCCUUUAGGCUUGAAUUAAAGCCCUCACCAUGCUCAUG